GUGUACGCAUGCGCAGACAAGACCUGCCUCGGUGAGCGUGACAAUACAGCAAAACUGUGUGGUCGUGGCUUUAUUGCACUUUUUUAAAGUUAAAGUCACAUUUUUAUUGUGACUAAAACAUAACUUUUACAAAGACUCGUGUUCCCGAGACUACAAUUGUAUGAGAAUAAAUGCAUAAAUUGCGUCACCUCUGUUUGGCCACGGUGGCUAAAGUUUCCAGAAGAUUGAAGUCCACAGAAGGAAGACCCAGUGAGCCACUUGGUUCACGGAUUCUUACCAACCCCGAUGACAUCUUUAAGCACAAUAUGUGGGAUCAUGUGCAGUGGACGGAGGAGGAGGUGAAAAAUGCACAGCUGAAAGUUAAGGAAAAUUCCAGUGUGCAAAUUCCUUCAUGGGAACAAGGAACAUUUGACACGGAGGCUUGUCACUACUGGGAUCAAUUUUAUGUGCUGCAUCAGCGUAAAUUUUUUAAAAAUCGCAAAUGGCUGCUUUUGGAAUUCCCAGAACUGCUUCCAACUGAUUUAAAAAGCCAAACCGGAAACUGCCAUGACAUCAGCUCCACACCUAACCUCCCUCAAGAUGCAGCACUGGAAACAAACCAAGCAACUGUCCACCUUUCCUACCCGGGACAACAUGCGCCUUUUAGGCUAUUGGAGGUUGGCUGCGGGGUUGGCAACAGUGUAUUUCCCCUCAUUCGUAACGUCAAAGAAAAAGGUGCAUUUUUGUACUGUUGUGACUUCUCGCCGUGUGCUAUUCAACUGCUGAAGGGCCAUCCGGACUACGACGCUUCUGUGUGCCACGCGUUUGUACAUGAUAUUUGCCAGGAGGAGGCUUCUCUUCCCUUUCCUCCACAGAGUCUGGAUGUCAUUUUAGCAGUUUUUGUCCUCUCCUCUAUUCAUCCAGAGAGGAUGCAAGGAGUCGUAAACAAACUAUCCUCCUAUUUAAAAUUUGGGGGGUAUUUUCUCUUCCGGGAUCGUGGGAGAUUCGACUUUACACAGCUCAGGCUUAAGAAAGGUCGGUGCUUGUCAGAGAAUUUCUACACACAAGGCAACGGGACCUGUGUUUACUUUUUCACCAAAGAAGAAAUUCACGAUUUAUUUACCAAAGCCGGACUGGAGCAAGUCCAGAAUGUGGAGGAUCGACGACUUCAAGUUAACAGAGGGAAGAAGGUGUCAAUGCACCGAGUAUGGAUGCAGAGCAAGUUUAGGAAACCAUAUCCACUUUCACCUUGUUAAGACCCCUCUGUCCCUCUUUUUUCUAUAUCUACUUCUUGUCCUAAACAGCAUGUGUACAUUAAAUACAUAACACACGCA